CCUCAAGAUAGAAAGACAAGCAGGAAGGCAAAAAGACUUUGGAGUCAUGAAGCUGGGAUUGCUGUUGGCGUUGACUGGAGCCGCUCUCGUGCUCAACAUCUCUGAAGGCAGGAUCGUCUCCAAAUGUGAGCUGAAGCAGAAACUCCAGCAGGUUCUGCCUCUGCCCAGAAAGUAUGGCAGAUACAAGGACCAAAUCCUAGCUCUAGUUACUUGUGAACUAGAGAGAAGAUCCCAACUUGACUCCAACUUGGUGACUGGAAAUGCUGUGCUCCCAACUGCAGCUGCUAGGCGAACAACACAAGCGUCUGAAGGAAACCAAACCGCUACUGUCCAAGACAUUGACUCCACAAUCUCCUCAGCCCCAAUGAUAAACAGCACUCUUCCCAUCUUAAGAAGAAAGCGAUGGGCUUCAAUGAAAGACUUUAGAGAAAGAAGUGACAAGAGACAAGGCAAGAAGGGACAGGGCAGCGAUGAAAGCCAUGAAAGGAAGAACAGUAAAGAAGGACAUGGAUCUUCUGAAACUGAAAGCCACAAAAUGGAAAACCAUGGAGUAAACAAACCAACAGCCAGCUCUAGAACUACUGAAAUGUCAAACGGUGUGUCUGGUAACCCAAGACAGAAGAGAGAUGCUUCUUCCGAAGAGAAAGGCCAUAAGCAAAGAGGCCACAAGAAGCAGGGCGACAAGAAACGUGGCAAGAAGGGACGCGGCAGUGAUGAAAGUGAAGAAUGCGACAACAGCAGUGAGGAAAGCCAUGACAUGGGAAACCAUGGAGUAAACAAACCAACAGCCAGCUCUAGAACCACUGAAAUGUCAAACGGUGUGUCUGGAAACCCAAGAUGGAAGAGAGAUGCUUCAUCCGAAGAGAAAGGCCAUCAGCAAAGAGGCAACAAGAAGCAGGGCGACAAGAAACGGGGCAAGAAGGGACGCGGCAGUGACGAAAGUGACAACAGCAGUGAGGAAAGCCAUGAAAUGGGAAACCAUGGAGUAAACAAACCAACAGCCAGCUCUAGAACCACUGAAAUGUCAAAUGGUGUGUCUGGUAACCCAAGACAGAAGAGAGAUGCUUCGUCCGAAGAGAAAGGCCAUAAGCAAAGAGGCAACAAGAAGCAGGGCGACAAGAAACGUGGCAAGAAGGGAAGAGGCAGUGACGAAAGUGAAGAAAGCGACAACAGCAGUGAGGAAAGCCACGGAAUGGAAAACCAUGGAGUAAACAAACCAACAGCCAGCUCUAGAACCACUGAAAUGUCAAACGGUGUGUCUGGUAACCCAAGACAGAAGAGAGAUGCUUCAUCUGAAGAGAAAGGUCAUAAGCAACGAGGCCACAAGAAGCAGGGCGACAAGAAACGUGGCAAAAAGGAAAGAGGCAGUGACGAAAGUGAUGAAAGUGACAACAGCAGUGAGGAAAGCCAUGACAUGGAAAACCAUGCAGUAAACAAACCAACAGAGAGUUCUAGAACCACUGAAAUGUCAAACGGUGUGUCGGGAAACCCAAGACAGAAGAGAGACGCUUCAUCUGAUGAGAGGGGCAACAAGAGACGAGGCAAAAAGGGACGAGACAACAAGAAACGUGGUGACAAGAGAAGGGGCAACAAAGGACGGGACAGUGAUGAAAGUAAUGAAAGUGGGGAAAGCAAACAGAAAAACAAGAAGGAAAAGAAGCCCAGCAAACACAGCCAUGAAUCAUCAUCUCAAGAGGAGUACAACAUGGAGCAGAAUCAGGGACCCAGCAACUAUUUCGGGCUCUUCCAGCUCUCUGACAGCUUCUUCUGUGAUUCAGGCAACGGCUUGUCCAAGAAUCUCUGUGACACAAACUGCUCAGCCUUCAUUGAUGACGACAUCACCGAUGACCUUGAAUGCUUCGCAUACAAAGGAUACUGGAGAUCAAUCCUGGAUGAAGUCUCCAGCAGCUGCUCAGACCAACAGGACACCUACUUUGAUGAAUGUGAAUAAGCAGGUCAAACCUGCUUUCUACAUGUAACAUUUCAUGCUGGAAUCUUAGCUGUCAUGGGAAGUUCCUCAUACUCUGGUUUCUCUGGCGUUUUCUGCUUUAGGCUAUUUUAUUUUUGCUGAUUGUUUUUACAUUAUGUAGGAUAAAAACAUCAGUGAAGUUGAUAGAUUUGCUAAAAGUUUUAGCAAUAACAGAAAGGAAUAUUUAUGUUGGUGACUGUAGAAUCUAUUAAUUUAUGUCUUUUGUGUGUCUGUCUGCAUUAAUAAGUCAAUAAAAUGUAAAACUUUUUAA